UCUCUUUUCUGCAGCAUAAUUUAAUAAUUACAAAAGUAUUGACAAUUUAUUAUCAUUAUUUCUUAUCAAAGAAAUGCACGCAUAUGUGGCGCACUCUGCACCACCUGUUACUACAGAAGUAAGACCUUUCGACAUUAUUACUGUAAAUAUAAACAUUGGAGAAAGCAUAUUAAUUAAAAUAUGUCACAAGACAGUAAAAAGCCGAGGAAAAAGGACGUUAAGAAGGAAAAAGUAAUACAAGCGCAGAACAAUGUGAAAGAAGAUGUAGAUACCGAUACGAAUAAAAAUGUCAAAAUGUCAAAAUUUGGACCUUCUAUCUCGUUUCCGUAUCAAAGAGUAUGGUCACGUUGCAUCUUAAUAGUUGGCGUUUUGUUUAUCGUCUGGUAUAAUAGUAGAAAUGGUAAAGAAAUACAAUUAGCAAAACAAAAAGAUAUACUGGUAACCCGAACGCAAACCGUAGAGUGUUCAGAAGAAUUUAAAAAUGAAUUAAAUCAAUUUCCUGGUUGUUUACCAGAAAAAUGUGGAAGAAUGGUAACAGAUAAAUUAGUUACUUCAGCAGAGAGCGAUGUUUUGUUAAAACUUGCAAUUAACGGUAUGAGUUUAGGUGGUUCUGAUGGUGGUGCAACUAUCUUAGAUCUUCACUCUGGUGCAUUGAGUAAAGGAUCUAAAUUCAUUAACAUCUAUCAACUAGAAGGAAAAGAUAAAAUAUUUAACGCUGCUGAUUUUGCCAUUUAUAAAGUAGUUAAGACCAAGAUACAGCAUUCCAUAGCACAUUAUUUUGGAGUAAAUGUUGAUAAGAUUCAUUUAACCAAACCAACUUUCUUUUCGCAAAUGACUAAUGUGCCAGCUAAAACUAUACACGAUGAAUAUUGGCAUCCACAUGUUGAUAAGGAAACAUAUGAACACUUUCAUUAUACCUCGUUACUGUAUUUAAAUGAUUAUGAUAGAGAUUUCAAAGGAGGUAGAUUUAUAUUCAUUAACGAAAACAAUGUCAAUAGUACUGUAGAACCACGAAAGGGUAGAGUAUUACUGUUCACAUCAGGUAGUGAAAAUGUGCAUAUGGUUGAAAAAGUCCAAUCUGGAACUCGAUAUGCAUUAACCGUAUCUUUCACGUGUAAUUCGAAUGCAGCUAUUACUGAUCCAAGUUAUCGUAAUAUAAUGAAAUAGUGGCAAUUUAAUAGUGGCAUUUUUAUAUCAAUGUAAAAUAAUGUAAUAUUAUCAUUUGAAAGCUUUGUGUGUGUGUAUUGAAUAAUCUUGGCAGAAGCACUUUGUGAAGAUGGAAUACUUUACUAAGCAUAACUAAGUCAGUUAUACAUAUGUAUAAUGAUCAUUCUUCCAAACAAAAUAUCAUUACUACUAAAUUAUUAUCAACAAUUACAAACUGUCUUUGCAUUCUCUGCCACUCUCAAAGGGUUAAUAUUAUAAUAUAUUUUAUGAAUCUAAAUUAACUUCUUACAUUUACACAAAGUAUAAUUUAUUUGACAAAUCAUUCAGAUAAUAAUAGUAAGUAGGAAAGUGUAAUAUAAAUUGUCGUAAUUAUUAUUAUGAUUGAAAAAACCGUAAUGUUAAAUAUUUCAAAUG